UGUUCGGGAGUUAAAUUCACCGGCAUCUGCAUACUAUUAUAUUGAAAUUUCAAGUCUCAGAUUAGUUUUAAAAUCUGUUUGGAUAAUUAUUUUUAAUAUUUUUAAAAACAAAUCUGCUUAUUAAUAUGAAAAAAGUUUGAAUUCUUUAUUAAAAAUAAAAAUAUUAUAUAUUUUAACAAAAAAUUGUUUAAAAAAUUCGCAGGAUAUUGAAAUUUCUGAAGUUAAAUGAUCAAAUAUUUACAAGAACCUUUAUAUUGAAAAUACCACAAUGAGAAGAAGUCAUGCUCCUUCUAAACAAUUUCCUUUUGUUCCUAAAGAAGACAUAGACAAAGGAGUGAGAGUAGUUCGUUCACCAUCGGAUAUUUUGGCACUUAUUAAUUCUUGUGAUGAUGCAUCUUCAAGAUCUAUACCAGAAAAAAUAUAUUCAAUAAAAAAAAAUAUUCAAGAGCUAAAUGAACAUAUUAAAAGCCCAAAAAGUUCUGCCUCAACUAUUGAAAAUCUUAAAUCACAAGAAAAUUCAUCAAUAAAAGUGAAUCUAAUCAAACCAUCCUACUCAAAUGUCAAUUUAAAUGAUCCAUCACCAACUAAAGAAAACUUAGAUAAACUUCAAAAAUUAGUCCACAAUGAUACAAAGAAAAAAUUAAAACCUUUAGCUCCUAGAACAUUUAAGCCUUCCGUUCAAUUGUCCACUCAUGUAUCUAAACCUAAAUUAUCAAAUAAUGAUCAUUCAUCAAACAAUGAACAAAAAAAUGAACAAGGUGUUAAGUACAACGUUACUUGGGGUAAACAAACGCAAAAAAAACACAAGACUUGGGAAGGUGAUGGAUAUUUAAUAGUUGAUGAUAAAGUUGCUGUUCUUACGGAUUUGGAAGGAAGAAAACUUGGUUCUACGAGUAACUUAAAAGAUUCUGAUUUAGAAGAUGGUUCAAUUAUUUCAGUUGGUAGUAAACUAGUGCAAGUUUUAGAUCUUGUAGAGAAAUCAAAUUCAACUCCGUCUAUUAAUACUAUUGAGACAAAAUGUCCAGUUCCUCCACGUAAAAAGUCUAAGUUAAACUUAGAUAUUGCCUUCUCUCCUGAUGCAUUAAUCAUGCCUGAACCAGAUAUUGAUCAUCAAUGUCUUUUUAACAAGUAUAAAAGAGAAGUUACUCCAGUUAUAUUAGAAUCAUUUUUAGCUAAACAUUUGAGACCACAUCAAAAAGAAGGAAUAAUAUUUUUAUAUAGUUGUGUAAUAGGACUCAAAAAUCCUGAUUAUUUUGGUGCUAUACUUGCUGAUGAAAUGGGUCUUGGUAAAACUUUUCAAACAAUAUCAUUAAUAUGGAUGUUACUUAAACGUGGUCCUUAUGGGGAACCACUAGUUAAACGUGUUUUAAUAGUAGCCCCAAGUAGCCUAGUAGGCAAUUGGCAAAAUGAAUUUAUUAGGUGGCUUGGACGUGAUAGAUUAAGAUUAUUUGUAAUCGAACAGAAAAGAAAACCAUCAGAAUUUUCGCAAUUACCUGCACGAAAUUAUCCAGUAUUGAUAAUAUCAUAUGAUAUGUUAAUUCGUUACAUUGAAGAUAUUGAAAAGAUAUGUUUUGAUUUAAUGGUUUGUGAUGAAGGGCAUAGGCUAAAAAAUAAUACUAUUAGGACAUCUAUAGCAUUGAAUAAACUGCAUUGCAAACGAAGAGUAUUGUUAACUGGAACGCCUAUACAAAAUGAGCUACAAGAAUUUUUUGCCCUUGUAGAUUUUGUAAACCCUGGAAUUUUGGGAACUUAUUCUAUGUUUAAAAGGGAAUUUGAGGAUAAAAUUGUAGAAUCUCAACAACCUGGAUGUCAUCCUCAAAUAAUGGCUCUUGGUAGAAAAAAAGUUAUUGAACUUAAUGAAGUUACUGACAAAUUUAUUUUAAGAAGAACAUCAGAUAUAAACAAUAAAUAUUUAACAACAAAAUAUGAAUCUGUAGUAUUUUGCUCCAUGUCAUUGUACCAAUCAAGUUUAUAUGAGGAAGCUGUGUUGUAUUGGGAAAAUCGUAUUCAAGAAUAUGGUAUGAAUAAUAUUUCUCAUUUUAGUGUUAUAACCACAUUAAAAAAGAUAUGUAAUCAUCCAGAAAUCGCAUUAAAUGAUAAAGGCAGUACUGAUAUAACAGAGGAAACUAUGAGUCAGCAUUUAAAAAAAAUUACUUCAUCUAGUCCAUCGUUAAUUGAAAGUUCAGGUAAACUCAUAGUCGUUGAUAGCCUUCUUAAACAAUUACAUAAGAAUGGUUCUGAAAAAACAGUUUUAGUAUCUUACUACACUCAGACCUUAGAUAUAUUUGUGAAGUUGUGCAGUUUAAGAAAUUAUAAAUAUUUAAGACUUGAUGGAUCUACAUUAACAUCUCAAAGAACAGAUAUAGUGAAGCAGUUUAAUAAUGCUAGUUCUGAUUAUACCAUUUUAUUAUUAAGUGCAAAAGCUGGUGGUGUGGGUUUGAAUCUUAUUGGUGCUUCAAGAUUAGUAUUGUAUGACUCUGACUGGAAUCCUGCAUCUGAUCAACAAGCUAUGGCACGUAUUUGGCGUGAUGGACAAAAGAAAAAUGUUCACAUUUAUAGACUGCUUACUUGUGGUACUAUUGAAGAAAAAAUAUUUCAAAGGCAGAUUAGCAAAACAGGUCUUAGUGAAGCGAUAACAAAUCCAGAUAGCCAUAAUAAUACAAAACUGUCUUAUGAUCAACUUAAAGAUUUAUUUAAUUUCCAAAAAGAUACACUGAGUUUGACACAUGAUUUAUUAGAAUGUGAUUGUGAUGGUAAUGGUCAAGUUCCAAAUAUUUCAAUAGAAGACUAUAAUGAUGAAAAAUCUGAAGCACCAUUACGUGUUAAUCAAUUAAUGCAAUGGGAACAUCAUUCAACUCCAUUUUGCUCUGAUAUUUUAGAGGCAAUGAAUUUAUCUGGAGUUUCAUCAAUCAUUCGUUUUCUAUUUAGACACAAGUGCAACUAAUGAAUUUGGUCAAAUCAUUAAAUUAUUUGGAUAAAUGUUUUUUUUUUUUUUAUUACUAUUAGUUUAUUAUUAAAUUUUAAAGUAUUAUAAAAUACAAAAAUAAUUUUGGACAAGUUUAUUUAAAAAAAAAAAAUGUAGUAUUGAUUGAAAAAUUACAGUUAAUGUCAUUUUGAUAUCAUCUACUAUUUUAGAAUAAAUGUAACCCAACCCUAAGAAUAAUUGAUGUUCUUUUUAGACUGUAAGUUUAAAAUAUCAAUUUAUGGUUGGUAUUUGGUUGAAAGUUAAAGUCGCUUUCAAUAUUGUCUUAAAAAAACAUCCUUAUAUAUUCUCCUUAUC